AUGUCUGCCUCGAAGUCUAAAGUCUUAUUGAUCGGGUCCGGUGGAGUCGGAACCAUUGCUUCCUAUGCUUUGGAAUACGCUGGAAAAGCAGAGGUGACCUCUGUGCUCCGUUCAGACUACGCGAAGGUGGUGGAACAAGGUUUUAGCAUCGAUUCAUGCGAUUAUGGCAAGAUCCCCUCUUUCAGACCCACAAACGUGGUUAAUAGCGUCGAAGAAAGUUUGAAGUUUGGACCUUUUGAAUACAUCGUGGUCGUCACCAAAUGUGUCCCAGAAGUUAGCAACAUGAUUGACGUUAUCGCACCAGCAGUGUCCCCUGAAUCGGCGAUUGUGUUGAUUCAAAAUGGUAUUGGCAUUGAGACCGAAGCGGUUACCAAGUUUCCCAACAAUGUUGUGUUGAGCGGUGUGAGUAUGAUUGGAUCCGCUAACUUGAACAGCCACAUUGUUCACGAGUCCACCGAUAGUCUCAAAGUAGGUGUGUUCGAAAGCAACAAGCUAGACAAUGAGCUCACACAGGCCGUGUGCAAAAAGUUUGUGACCAUUUACACCAAUGACAAGAACGAAUGUAUUUUUGACGAGAGUGUCAAGUUCUCUAGAUGGCGUAAACUUGUCUACAACGCGUGUUUGAACGGUGUUUGCGCAAUUACCGGGGUAGACUCAGGACGCUUGGAACUUUUUGGUGGUGUUGACGGCAUCAUUCGCAAAGCGAUGAAGGAAGUUCUUGCAAUCGCUAAAUCUGAUGGAGUUGAACUGCCUGAAGAUAUUAUGGAAUUCAUGAUUCGUUCCGAUGACCCAGUUUAUUACGCCCCCUCCAUGCUGGUCGAUGUACGCAAGGGUAAUUUACUCGAAAUUGAGGUCAUUAACGGUAACCCUAUCAGAAUUGCCGAAAAGAACGGUGUAUCUGCUCCCUACUUGACACUUUGUUACGAACUACUCAAAGUGAUCCAGCGCAAGACGAUGGAACAGAAGGGCUUACUAACAGUCCCAAAAGAAAGACCAGUACCAAAAUAG